AUGUUAGUCUAUAUUUCAUUAUGGAUUUUAUUUCAAUUACUAAUUGAAAUAAAUUGUCAAAUAUCACCCGAUAAACGGCGGAGACAUACCGCGACUCUUGUUGAUAAUAAAUUGUAUAUUUUGGGUGGUUCUGAAAUCAAUAAAGUCGGAAAAGAUUUUCUUUAUAUCGAUUUUUCUGUCCCAUUUAAUACUCGAAACUUAUUAUUAACAGAUUUAUCAAAAGUUAAUAUUGUCCCUCCACAUUUUGGUGCUGGAUCCGCGAAAGGUGGUGCAAAUAAUGAUACGUUUAAUUCAUGGAGUAUUCCGAAAAUAAAUGGGGAUGCUCCCCCGGUUCUUGCAAGUGCUUCGACGACAGUUAUCGACCAAAAGGGAAAAAUGUAUUUAUGGGCCGGAAUUGGUUCAAAUGUUCCAAUUUUAGAUACAAUUAAUUUAGUUUGGACAAAAGGAAGUUCGGUUGGUGCACCAAAUGUCGGAUUGCUUGCUAGUGCUACCACUUUAUUGCCCGAUAAUAAGAUAAUUUAUCUAGAGGAUACCAAUAAUGAUAAUAUAUCACAGAUUUAUAUAUAUGAUACAGUAAAUGAUAAUUGGACUACAAAAGCAACUUCAGGAACAAUACCACCUAAAAAAUCAGGAAUGUCUGUUAUUCUUGGAUUAGAUGGACAAAGAGUGAUCAUUUUUGGAGGUUUAGAUUUUACGUCUAAAGAACAACUUUAUGAAUUAAGUUUAAUAAAUUUUGUAUGGCGUAUCCCAAAAACUUCUGGUAUAGCUCCAAAAGAAUCUCGAAAUGCACAUAGAGCAAAUGUAAUUGGAAAUUAUAUGGUUAUAUCAUAUGGAUCAGGUUAUACUACAGAAAAUGAUAUUUUAUUACUCGAUAUUAGUAAUGUCAACGAAUAUAUAUGGACGAAUGAAUUUAAACCCUCAUCAUCAAUUUCAAUUUCAGUAAAAACAACAUCAGUACCUAUAUUGCCACCCUCUACUUUGCCACCUUUACCACCUUCAUCACAAUUAGGGAUGGCAACGAAAUCUAAAAAUAAUAAUCCAAAUAUUACUGGUGCAAUUAUUGGACCUUUGUUUGGUGGUGCUCUAUUAUCCUUUGUAGGCGCAUUAUUAUAUAGAUGGAAUAAAAAUAGAAAUAAGAAUUUUUAUAGAAAUAAUAAUAAUAUUAUUAUUAUUAAUAUAAAUGGAAAUGAAAAUAAUUAUAAUAAUAUCCAAGCUGGAAGAAUUAAUUAUUAUCCUGGGCAAGAAAUAAUACAACCACCCGCUCCAACUUCAUUAAUUAAUGAUAAUAUGAAUAUAAAUGGAAAUGAAAGUAAUUAUAAUAAUAUUCAAGCUCAAAGAAUUAAUUAUUAUCCUGGACAAGAAAUAAUACAACCACCAGCUCCAACUUCAUUAAUUAAUGAUAAUAUGAAUAUUAAUGGGAAUGAAAGUAUUUAUAAUAAUAAUAAUAUUCGAGCUGAAAGAGUUAAUUAUUAUCCCGGACAAGAAAUAAUACAACCUCCCGCUUCAGCUACGGUAAUUAAUAUGAGUCCAAAUGCUAACGAUAAAAUACAAGGACUUAAACAAGAGAUUCAGGAUUUGAGACAAAUAAUUUUACAAAAUAAUAAACAAACCACUAAUUCUAUGGGAAAUAAUUAA